AUGGAGGAUGAGUUGUCUACUUUGCAGAAGACUGCUACUUGGGAGCUGGUUCCUUUGCCUGCUGGCAACAAUUUGGCAGUUUGCAAAUGGAUAGUUGUUGCUCGGUUGGGGUUUCAUCAUUGUGACCAAGAUUUUGCUUUGUUUCUCCUCCACACCUCUACUAGUUUUGUUGCCCUGUUACUGUAUGUGGAUGAUAUGAUCAUCACUAGCUCUGAUUCUUCUGCUUUCUCUGAGGUCAAGCAACAUCUUUUCUGCACCUUCAAAAUGAAGGAUCUGGGCUACACUAUUUUAUUGGUAUUGAGCCAGUUCAUCUCUGCUCUUCACUCUACACAUUGGGCUGCUUCGGUUCGGAUUCUUUGCUAUCUUUGGGGUACUAUAUUUCAGGGCUUACUGUUGUCUUCUACUUCCUCUUUGGACUUAGUGGCCUAUGUUGAUUCUAAUUGGGUUGGUGAUGUUACUGAUCGCAAGUCUAUUUCUGGUUUCUAUAUGUUUCUCGACAAUUCCUUGAUCUCUUGGAAAAGCAAGAAACAAACUAUUAUUACUCGCUCUACUGCCGAAACUGAGUACCGUAUUAUGGCUCAUGCUACUGCUGAGAUUGUCUGA